GAUCUGGGGACCAGAUGCCAACUUAGAGCCUUUGUACCAGUCUCAGUCCUCCAGUAGCAUUCUUUAAAAGGUGCACAGCUAAGACCUGAACACCAUCUUUGCCCUACCCAGGGUUCCACAGUUUUCUCAUGUUGAAUUUUGGAUGGAUUUGGCUCUCAGUUGCUGGCAGCUGGGAAGAGAAAUGGCUAUGACCAGGUUGGGGCAUGGAAGGCAGACUUUCCGUCUCUUGAAGAGGAGUUCACUGCUGUUGAGAAUCAUAGCUGUUGUCUUUGCUGUGCUUCUAUUUUGUGAAUUUUUAGUCUAUUACUUAGCAAUCUUUUGGUGUAAUUGGCCUGAGGUGCAAACUCCAGCCUAUGACAGUGAACAGGAGACUCCUGAGCCUGUGCUGAGAGCCAUGUUUUUGGCAGAUACCCACUUGCUUGGGGAGGUCAGAGGCCACUGGCUGGACAAAUUACGAAGGGAGUGGCAGAUGGAGAGGGCCUUCCAGACGGCCCUGUGGUGGUUGCAGCCAGACGUCGUCUUCAUCCUGGGGGACGUCUUUGAUGAAGGGAAAUGGAGCUCCCCCCAGGCCUGGGCAGAUGAUGUGAAGCGGUUUCAAAGAAUGUUCAGACACCCAAGUCAUGUGCAGCUCAAGGUGGUUGCUGGCAACCACGACAUUGGCUUCCAUUAUCAGAUGAGCACAUACAGAGUAAAACGAUUUGAGAAAGUUUUCAACUCUGAAAGGCUGUUUUCUUGGAAGGGAAUUAAUUUUGUGAUGGUCAACAGUGUCGCACUGGAAGGGGAUGGCUGUGGCAUCUGUUCUGAAGCAGAAGCUGAACUCACUGAAAUUUCUCGCAAACUGAAUUGCUCCCGAGAGGUAGGAGAUGAUUGGGAUGAUGCAAGUGCCUUCUGUCCUCGAGUCUUCCGAGGGCACCAUGAGGUGCCCUCUGUGCUCUUGUUAAUCACUCAGCUCCCACCUCCCUUCCCACCGGCUGGGGACUGUCAGGCUCGGUGGAUUAACAGGCUGACUUCUCACCAGCAGGAGCAGCGUCCAAGCCAGUGUGGAGAUGUGCAGCUGCUCCCCGCCUCCACCCCGGUCCUCUUGCAGCAUUACCCACUGUAUCGGAGAAGUGAUGCUGACUGUUCUGGGGAAGACGCUGCUCCUCCAGAGGAGAGGACCGUCCUGUUUACGGAGAAGUAUGAUGUGCUCUCUAGGGAGGCCUCACAAAAGCUGCUGUGGUGGCUCCGGCCGCGCCUGGUCCUGAGUGGUCACACGCACAGUGCCUGUGAGGUGCUCCACGCGGGAGGACUCCUGGAGCUGAGCGUCCCUUCAUUCAGUUGGAGGAACAGAAACAACCCCAGUUUCAUCAUGGGCAGCUUAACGCCCACAGACCACGCCCUCUCCAAGUGCUACCUCCCGCGUGAGGACACGGUUCUCAUCACGUACUGCGGAGCCGCUGGGCUCCUUGCCGUCCUCAUUUUAGCUCACGUAGAGCUUUUAGCAUCACCUUUUCAUUUUGGUUGGAACCUGCUCAGAAAGCAUAAGAUAAUGUGAGGAGCGGGCGACUUUUGCAUUUAGUAAUAAAUAUCAAAACCAAAGAAACAGAGCUUUGGGCAGAGUUCACGUGAGAGGCAAGUGGACAGCGGGACCGGACGUGGGCUGCCUUGGGGCACGUCACAGAAAUACGUCCCUGACGUGAGUUACUGCAGGAUAAACAGUCCACUGUUCUCAUGCUGUAAAGACGGAACAUGUGCUGUACAACAAAUGUCUUCUUGUUUUUAUCAAAUGCAUGUAUCUUCAAGGCUGCAUCUGUACAGUAUAAAUGCUGUUACUGCCACCACUUGCGUGCACGACACCGUCCUCGCUUCCCCAGGAGGGACCUGGCAGCCCCGACGCACACUCGAGAUUACGUGUGCACAUCGACAUUGGGUGUGCUUCUGUCCUAUGAAGUGGUUCUCAAAUUCCUGUAUAUGAGAAAGCUGUACACUUAAACGAACAGAUGAGUUGUGCAAGGACAUUGUUUUCAUGGACUUUUGUACUUCUGUGCUAAAUUAAUGGAAUCAGAAUUUUUUUAGAUGAGUAUAAUUUUCUUUACAGGAGACCAAGUCAUUGCAUCUGAGAAUUUAAUGCCUGUCAAUGAUCAAAGGAAGCUUGAAAAAUGGAGUAGGAUGUAGCUUUUGGUAUGUAAAAAUAAAUUUUAAAAUAAUUUUAAGCCAGAUAAAA